CUGCUCAACUCCUCACAGACACCUUCUGCUUCUAACUCUCCUCUCGCCUGUCGCUCCUCGAGCAAAAAAUCCAGAUUGCAGGAUGUCGACGAGGAAAGGCUACACGACCACCAAGAUCACCAGCAGUGGCUCCAGCUACGGUGGUGGUGGUAGCUACGGUGGUAGUAGUAGCUCCAACUACGGUGGUGGUCUGAAUAUCGGCAGCGUGGCGUUGGGCGGUGGUAUGAGGAGAUCCUCAGCAAGAGUAGUGAGCGGAGGGAGACGCGCGAUGUCCCUGAUUGGCAGUCCAUCGAGAAGCCGAAUGUCCUAUUCCUCCUCCAUGGCUGGUGGCGGUGGUGGCAGGAUGAUGGGAAUGUAUGGAAGCAGUGCGGGAGGUAAUUUCGCAGGUGGUUAUGGAGGUUUGGGAGGCAGCUUCGGAACUGGCAUCGGAAUUGGGUCAUCUGUCAACCUGGAUCUCAAUGCCACCGUCGCCCCAGUGGACCCCGCUCUCCAAGCCCAAAGGCAGCAGGAGAAGAACCAGAUCCUCGGGCUGAACAACCGCUUCGCCAGCUUCAUCGAUAAGGUCCGUAUGCUGGAACAGACCAAUAAAAUGCUGGAGACCAAGUUGGAAUUCCUCCAGAACCAGGGCACCUACGCCUCCAACAUCGACUCCAUGUUCCAGGCUUACAUUGAGAACCUCAAGAGGCAGCUGGAAACUCUGGGACAGGAGAAGGUGAACCUAGAGGGCAGUCUCCUGCAGAUGCAAUCUAUGGUUGAGGAUUUCAAGAACAAGUAUGAAGAUGAAAUCAACAAGCGUACCGAAAUGGAAAACGAGUUUGUCCUGAUCAAGAAGGAUGUCGACGAGUCUUACAUGAACAAGGUGGAGCUGGAAGCUAAACUGGAAGGUCUCACCGAUGAGAUCAACUUCCUGCGAAACAUCUUUGAUGAGGAAAUCCGUGAGCUGCAGGCUCAGAUCCAGGAUACAUCUGUUACCGUGGAAAUGGACAACAACCGCAACCUGGAUGUUGACCAGAUUAUCGCCGAGGUCAAGGCCGAGUAUGACCGUCAAGCACAACGAUCCAAACAGCAGUGCGAGGAGUGGAGAAACGCCAAGAUGGUGGAACUGUCCUCAAGCUCCGGACAAUUCGGUGAUGAUCUUCGCUCAACAAAGACUGAGAUCACCGACCUGACCAGGAUGAUCCAGAGACUGACUUCUGAUAUCGAGGCGCUUAGAGCGCAGCGUGCCAAGCUGGAGGCUGAGAUUACAGAAGCCGAGGAGCGCGGUGAGAUAAGUCUCCGUGACGUCAAGGUGCGGAUCACAGAGCUGGAGGCCGCUAUUGUCAAGGCCAAGCAGGACAUGGCUCGCCAAUUGCGUGAAUACCAGGAACUGAUGAACGUCAAGUUGGCUCUGGACAUCGAAAUUGCCACCUACAGGAAACUCCUGGAGGGAGAGGAAGACAGGCUUAUCACCGGCAUCCAGACCCUCAACAUCCACACAUCCCAAGGAAUGGGCCAGCAGCAGUCACACUUUGGUGGAAUGGCCAACGGCUCCAGCCUGGGAGGCGGCUAUGGAGGAGGUGCCUUCCAGAUGGAGAGCUCCUCAUUGACGUCCGGCUCAUCCGGAGGCUACGGGGGGAUGAUGUCCGGAGGCUACGGUGUGUCGACCAGCAAGAAGGUGAUCGUCAAGACCAUUGAAUCACAGGACGGAAUCAAGACAUCCGAGACCAUGACAGAGCUGAGGUCCUAAGACCUGAUUAACUCCCUGCCUCUUGCCAGUCCCGCUAUCAGUCACCUUUCACCAGAGCUAUCUCAAUGACGUAGAACGUAGAACAGAGCGUGCAUAUGCUGAACUCUCAGCCUGGUUUAGAUACUCUUACAUUAAUUCAGAUAGACAGUCACGUCAAGUGGCUCAGCACUAACUCAGACUAUUCAGCUGGUGUUUACAUGCCACAUGAGGGUCCCCUGCCCUUCCUAUUCCCCUCUCUCAUAACCCCCGAUUGGGGCUGAUGCACCACACCUACACGGUGAGGUAGCUUUGAUAAAAGGCUUAGAAUUAUCCCAGGGAACUCUCCUAUCCAGUGGCUGUCGCUUUGCCACACUUUAGUGAGCAAUGUCUAUCGAGAUCUGAGCAAAACUAGAGAGGAAAUGUUUCACUUCCGACUGAAGAGAGCUAACGCAAGAUGUUUAGUCCCAACAUUGUAUUCUUUACCCUUCUCGCGGCAGGGGUUGGUUUUCUGUUCCAUUCCGUGCUACAAUAAACUUUUGCUUCACCUGCU